GAGCGUUUGAUCGAAAUAUCAGGGCUGUUAAACAUGUAACUAGGAAAUGGACGCACAUGGUUGUAUCUUAAACAUGGAUAUUAGCAGGCCCGCUGACGCUAUAUGUUAGUGAUGCUAUUAGCGCUGAGACAUACCGUUGUUCCACCAACAACCUGUGAUAAAAAUUGGUUAUGCCCUCAAGAUUUUUGCUGCUACUCCUCGUGAGCAUUUGUAUUGUGGAUUUUUACCAUGGCAGUACGGAUAGAUUGCUGGCGCACGCAGUCGAGUCGGAGGGCAGCUCCAACCAUGGCAGCCAAAGACACAAACGCAGUACUGGUUGGACAGAGACCUCUGGAGUGAAACUAGACGACUCUGGUUCUAUACUAGAACCAGACAAUUCAAACACUGGCCUGAGUGAUUGCAAAGCAAAAUGCGAGCGGAUCACUGAAUGCGUAGCUAUAAAUCAUAGGAGUACUGGAGGGAAGUGUGAAGCUUUGAGUGUGCAAACUGGAACUUUCGUAACCCCGAGUGGUCAACCCUGGAAUUUCUACGCAUUUGAUCGCUCUGUCCUGCCAUCAUUGGAAGAGACAACAACAAUAACGGAAGAGGCAACAACGACGACGGAAAAGACGACAACAACAACAACUGAAGAGACAACAACAACAACAACGCAAGAAAUAACAUCAGCGCCAUUAGACGAUACAACAACAACAACAACAAAGGAAGAGGCAACAACAACAACGCAAGAGUUAACAACAACGUCAUUAGAAGAGACAAAAACAACGCAAGAAAUAACAACAACGCCAUUAGAAGAGACAACAACAACAACAACGGAAGAGACAACAGCAACGCAUGAGAUAACAACAAUCCAAGUAGAGGAGACAACCACAAGGCAAGAGAUAACAACAAUAUCAUUAACAACAACAGCAACAACAACUACAGCUACAUCGUUUGAAGACACAACUGCAACGCCAAAAGUUUGCAGCCAGCCGAAGAAAAAAUCAUACCUGUAUGGCAGACUUUUAAGUGGUUCUUUUCCUGACAGCAAGCAUAGCAUUGGAAUUACAACACACGUCACAAAGCUACAGUGUGCAAUAUUAUGUGCCAGUAGGUUCGACUGUGAAGGUUUUACCUUCCGACCCGAAGGAGGGGCCUGUGUCCUGUUCGGUACCAAGUUAGUACAUAUUCCUCCGAGCGAUAUUGAAAGUGAUGGGCAGAGCCAAAAUGUGGUAUAUUUUGAAGAAAAAAUGGGGGUUGCGACUAGAAAAGUAAGAAUUUUAUGGACAUCAAACGUUGUUAAUGUUCAUUGAUUCCAUGAAAUAUCAGUUCAAAGUGUAAUGUUCUCAGAGCAUUUAGCGCACCUGCAGUGAUGUAUUAACUGUUCGCUUGGGCAGUUCACGUCCAUAAUGCCUUGAAAUACAUGUCCAUAUGUUAUUGUGUUUCUUACUGACUUUUGAAAGACAAAAUAUCAUAGAAUGUCAAAAAAAGAGUCGAGUGUUAUGAAAAUGUUAUAAAUAUCUUUAGAAAAAAUUUUCAUACCACAAUCCUGUGAUAGCUUGUUUUGCAAUGAUACGUAUCGCACGAAGAAAACGUCCAGAAAUUUGGUCUUUGAUAACUUAUUAUGCGAAACAUCACUUUAUACUACUACAUGAUUCUGCUUCAGUGAAUAACGGAAUAACAUUUCUUGAUACUAAGGAUAUUAAGAAAAAAUGUAUGUGCUGAAGACGCAAUAUCAUGAGGUAGUGUAAUGUGAAAUUUUGUUGAAUUAUGGUCUAUAAUAUUUGAGAAACGAGACGUUUCCAUUUAUCCACCCAAUAUAUGCUGUACGUGUGCGUAUCAACUAUUUCAAACCGAGCGUGGUAUUUGAAUUCGAUGUAACGAUAUCUCAUUUUGAGACGAACACAAGUCUGUCAACAACAUGUAGUAUGUUCGAUAGCCGCAAAGGCAGUCUGGAUACUGUAUAUUCAGAUGAAUCUAUUGACGAGCACUGAGAUCGGUGCCAAUUUUGUAUUAAACCUUCUUAUAAGACAUCACUUUUUACUAAUAAUUCCGUUAAAUACACAUCACGUAAAACUGUAAAACUGCUGCUACAAAAAAAGGUGUACGGUAAGCGUUUAGGUCUUUUUGAUCUUCCAGAUCUCGGGCUUGUUUUUACCAAAACCCUUAAAUAUUUCGACCUAGCUGGAAUCAAAAAUCCGAAAAGCUAUCUUAGCCUUCUGUUUUGUGCAUUGGUUUUAUUUGGAAAUUUUAACCUGAUUUUUAGAGUGGAUUUCCUGCGAUCAAAUGACCUCUUUUGUGUGCAUAAGACCUAUACAUAUAUUGCCAUUAGAGCGUGAAAAGUCCACUCUAGGAAAUCAGGUUAGAAACAAAUUACCAAACAAAACCAAUGCACAAAGUAUUCAGUAUUAAUACAUUGCCACUUGUGUAGAACCAAAUAUCACCAACGUGCACCUUCAUAAGCUGGGCAUCACUGUCGAAUCAUAAACAGUAAUAUUUUAUCAGACGAAACUGACAUAUGACAUUGGCAUAAUGUUGACUAGACCCAUUUGAUACAUACCACAGGGCCUAUUAGACUUCAUAUGUCUAUACAUUUGUUCAGUUUAUAUUGAUAUUGGUGAUAAUGAAUUGAUAUGAUUCACGACUGAAAAACUUAUAUAAAAGCGUGGUAUU